AUGGCUUCUGAACCAGUCGCAUCGGGGCCCGGCGAGGCCAACUCGGAGAAACCCGCGAUGAUAACCCCAGAUUCUAAGAUCGACCAUGCCGCUUCCAUCCGAUACUGGAACAGCGUCGCUGCCAACUCCAAUACCAUGCUGGGUAUGCUGGGGAGUUACCCAUGGUAUACACGCAUUGAUCUACGCGGUUCGAAAAGCUUUCUUUCUAAGGUCCGACGAUUGGUGCCCGGUUGCACCACCGAAGGGAAAUUGAAGCUGGGAGCUGACUGCGGUGCGGGGGUGGGGCGCGUAACGGAGGGGUUCCUCAAGGACGUAUGCGAAACUGUGGACGCAGUCGAGCCGGUCGAGAAAUUCACCCAGGUGAUACGUGACAGCGCUCUGAAGCGCUCUGGUGUCGUGGGCGAUAUUUAUACCGUCGGGUUGGAGGGGUGGUAUCCAGAGAAGAAAUAUGACCUAAUCUGGACUCAAUUCUGCGUCGGACAUUUAACGGAUGUCCAGUUGGCCGAGUACUUUGUGCGGUGUCGCGAAUCUUUGACAGAGACGGGAAUUGUGAUAGUCAAGGAGAAUCAAUCGACUGAUCCCAAUGGAAAUGAUAUGUAUGAUGACGAGGAUAGUAGCGUGACAAGGACGGAUGAGAAGUUCAAAGAGAUUUUCAAGCAGGCCGGGUUGAUUGUUGUCACGUCUGAAUUGCAGCUCGGAUUCCCGAAGAAUUUCAAGCUGCUUCCUGGUAUCUAUAUAGAAUACAUUGGAUACAUGUGGGAUUUAAAGCAUAUCGUCGUUAACCUUGCUGUUCACAACUAG